UGUCUGUGUGUACGGUGGCCGCCGUGGCUCAAACGCGCACUGGUCUGUUUAUUUGUGAUGAUGAUGAUGUGAGACCGAAACCGCUGGCUAGCCUAGCCUAGCUGAAGUAACGAAGAACCAGGGGGGUAAGAGAUGGAGGAGUGGAGGGGACGCACAGACUCCGGCGGAGGGCACAGUGUGUGGCGGCGGACCUCCCGUUUUAUCUCUCGGUCUCUCGGUCUCACGGUAACCGUUUGUCCGACCGUUAACCGUUAACCGUUAGCCUGUUAGCGUGCUAAGCUUCCAGGCGAGGCUGGAGGUGGUUUCGUGUUUCGGGGUGACUUGAUAUGGCAAACUCAAACAACACUGGAAUUCCCUUUUUUUAAACAUUUAUCCCUCAAUUGUCAAUUAAUUAAUAAAAAAACGAGUUUUUUUUUUGGUGCUAUUUAGCGAAGCAACCGCUGGGCCUGGAAUGGAGCCAGGCGACUUGCGUGAGAGCCCCGCCGGCUCCGGGGAGUCCGAUGCGGGGGAUUGGAGGGAGGUUAUACCCGGUGGGCAUAAUAAUAAUAAUAAUGAUGAGGAGGAGGAUGAGGAGGGGGUCAAAGGUGUCGAAACUAAUAGAAAGCCACUAGAGACCUGCGAGGAAGGCGAGAGUGACAAACAGAAAUGCGUGGGAGAGCAAUUACACAGCCCGUACGAGGAGGAGCUGGACCCCAGGAUCCAGGAAGAGUUGGAGCAUCUCAAUGAAGCCAGUGCAGAAAUCAACAAACUAGAACUGCAGCUGGAUGAUGCCAGAUCAGGGUACCGGAAGAUCCUCACAGAGUCUGCCAGGAAGCUCAACGCUCAGAGCUCUCAGCUCGGUGGCUGCAUAGAGAAAGCGAGACCCUACUAUGAAGCUCGUCGUCUUGCGAAAGAGGCACAACAGGAGACCCAGAAGGCCGCUCUGAGCUACGAGAGAGCAGUUUCUAUGCACACAGCUGCCAGGGAGAUGGUCUAUGUGGCAGAGCAGGGCCUGAUGGCUGAUGGGAAGAACACACUGGAUCCUACCUGGCAGGAGAUGCUCAACCAUGCUACCUCUAAGGUGAACGAAGCCGAGGAGGAGCGACUCCGCAGCGAGAGGGAGCACAUGCGCGUCACGCACGCCUGCCAGGAGGCCGAGGCUCGGGUUCAGAUGCUGCAAAAGUCCCUCAAGAGAGUCAUUGUGAAGUCCAAACCUUACUUUGAGCUCAAGGCCCAGUUCAACCACAUACUGGAGGAGAGCAAGACCAAAGUGCUGCAGCUGGAACAGGCGGUAGCCAAAGUGAAGACCCGUUACUCCAUCGCUCUACGAAACCUGGAACAAAUCAGCGAGCAGAUCCACGCUCAGAGGGGGAGAGACCAGGCCGAGGGAGGAUGCCCCACUGUCUGCGGUGGGCGAAGCCCUCCAGUCGGAGCCGAGUCUGACGUCAGAGUGAAGAAAGAAGGCGGAGCAUGCAGCGGUGGUGCGAUGGGGACGGAUCAAGCGGAUGCAGCCAUCGACCUGGUAGAGAAAUACAAGGAGAAGGAGAAUGAAAAGGAGAGGGAGCGGGCGGGGUCAGAUUCCCUUUCGGUCUUCAGCCUGCAGACCAUCGCUUCCGACUUGGAGAAAUAUGACUCCAUCGAGCACCUCGGGGACCUCAGUGAUGUCGGGAGCGUAACUGGGGAUGAGGUGGAGAAAGAGAGAGGCGGAGUGAUCGAUAGAAGAGAGAAGCUGACGGAAACAUCCGCCAAAGAGCGCCAGCAGCAGUUCUACAAGCAGCACCACCGGAGCUUCAGUUUGUGAGGCCGUCGUAGAUGUCACGGCUAUAAAACACUGCAAAAAACAAAUGUGAGUUAUUAAAACAGUAGAAAUUAGGGCAAACAUCCCUAACACAUAGGUACCAACCAAAGUAUAAGAAACUGAAUUAGCUGCAGAUGCAGUUGUAGGUGUAUGAUACUUAGGUGUAGAUGAGCACACGUACAUUGACUGACAUUAUUCUAAAGCUGGCACUGAUCAAUAGUUAACAUUGCUGCCUAGAUAGAACACUACUGAAGAGCUUUCAACUCCUCCAGGGAUAGGUAAACAGUAUAUUCACUCCCUGUGAGGGUUGUGAGUAGUAUUUAUUCCUUGAGCAUGAAAGAACGGCGACGGGAGAUCAAGAAGCUCAAUUCCUUCGACAUAUUUAGAGAGGCACCAUUUCUUACUUACCCAGGCUAACUGUUGAUCUAAUUUGGCGAGACUGAUGAAAAACAAACCCCUCCGUUGUUUCCCCUCCAGUUGCGUCGAGUCUUAUCAGAGAUUGCAGAGGGGUCUCUCCAUACACGCUGAGAUCCAUCCUUGUCAAGUUAGCGCGUAGGGAAAAAUGACAAAAACGGUUCUCUCAGUGCGAGAGUGAAAGCAUGUUUGAACUCUUGAACGUUUCAUGUAUUUAUUUCCAGCAACAUGUUGCAAGUAGUGCUUUGUUGUUGUUUUUCCGGGCCGGAGAAUGCGUUUUUUGAAAAUUCCUGAAAUGACGAACGGAGUCUGGAGAUUUGACUCUUUCCACUCCCGACAGCAUGCACUCCUCGUUGGCAUUUAUGACAUGUAUUCAGGGCUAUAUGCUAAAAAAAA